CUUGUAUCAGCUGCACUUGUCCUGCGGUCACAUUUUGUUGCCACAACUCGGAGGGACUCGCUCUUAUCAGAUUUCUCCUUCAUCCAUCUCCCUGAUUCGCCUUUUAAGGGACAAAUCCUCCACCGUGUCGCCGUUUUCGUGUUGGUCAUUUGGGGAAUAUUUUUUUUGGGAGGGGGACCGUGUGUCACCGAGUUGAGGCGACAGCAGCAGCAGCAGCAGCAGUUUCCUCGACGUGAAACGCUUCUUCUAAUCUGCGAGGAUAAAUUUAAUUCCGAGACAGUUAUAUAAGAAGGUAAACGCUGCGUAUCUCAGUGACUCGGUUCUUUCUUUUCAUCGGUUUUAUUCACAUUAUUCUGCUUGAAGAGAGCCAUAUCCCGCUCGUGUUCAUGCCAGAUCUGCAGCGUUUUAGUUUCCCGUACCAUAGCAUGAAUCCAUUGUUGGGGGCCCCGGCUCAUCUCCAACAACAUCCGCAGCCGAAUCAGGCCUCUGGACAGCCAGAAUCCCCCUCGGGCCUCCGACCGGACGCUGUGUUCGGAUCUCCGGACCCGGCGUCUUUGCUGCUGGGUGUGCUCCCCGGUCCCGAGUACCCGGGACCCGAGUUCCCCUCCCAGAGCUCGCCUUACCUGCACCACUAUCAGCAUCAGCAUCACCCCCAUCCUCCCGCCGCCAUGGCUCUGCGCAACGACUUGGGCUCCAACAUCAGCGUGCUCAAAACCCUCAACCUGAGAUUCAGGUGCUUCCUGGCCAAGGUGCACGAACUGGAGCGCAGGAACAAGGUUUUGGAGAAGCAGCUGCAGCAGGCGGGGGAGGCCAACAACGGUUGCAGGCCGCACACGCAAGAGGCCGGCGUGCAGACGGGUUUCAUGGGGGCCAUCCCGCUCAGACCCGGCUCGCUCUCGUUCCACAACACCAACAACUCAGCCAGAAGGCCCGCGAGCGUGUCCUGCCUGCCUCCCGACAACGCGGCGUCUACCCGAACCGACGCCGCUUGCAACCCGGCCAUCACCGUCAGCCAAGCGUCCCCAUCCACCGACUCGCCCGUGUCCAGAAGCGGCGGACGCUCGGUGACCACGGCUCCUCGCUUCCUACCGGGCACCAUCUGGUCCUACAACCCGGCUCGCAGGUACGGCUCGGAGCGUCCGACCAGCCCGGGGGUCUCCUGGAUGCAUCCGGAUGGAGUCGGUGUCCAGAUCGACACCAUCACCCCCGAGAUCCGAGCGCUCUACAACGUCCUGGCUAAAGUCAAACGUGAGCGGGAUGAAUAUAAGCGCAGAUGGGAAGAAGAAUACACAAUGAGGACCGACCUGCAGCAGAAGAUUGCCGACUUGCAAGAGGACCUGCAAGAGAGCGAAGGCUGCCAGGAUGAGCUGGCCCUCCGAGUUCAGCAGUUGAAGGCCGAGCUGGUUCUCUUCAAAGGCCUCAUGAGCAACAAUCUGUCCGAUCUGGACACCAAGAUUCAGGAGAAAGCCAUGAAAGUGGACAUGGACAUCUGCCGCAGGAUCGACAUCACGGCUCGCCUCUGUGACGUCGCCCAGCAGAGGAACUGCGAAGACGUCAUCCAGAUGUACCAGGUUACAAACAACCAGCCGUCAUUAAGCCUGCGUCGCAAACAAACCCCCGUAGCCGGGAACGGCGGCGAGGGCGAUGAACCGGUCGGCACAUCCGAAAGCGACGCCGGCGCGGCCAAAGAGGACGAGCAGCAGCAGCAGCAGCAGCAGCACGGCAACUCGUCAGCCAAUCAGAUCAACGAAGAGAUGCAGAGGAUGCUCAAUCACCUGCGCGAGUGCGAGUUUGAGGACGACUGCGACAGCCUGGCCUGGGAGGAGACGGAGGAAACGCUGCUGCUGUGGGAGGAUUUCCCAGGAUGCCCUCUGCCUCCCGACCCCGCCCACCCGCCUGGAGAGGACGACUGUCUGGAAAAAGUGAUUAAUGACACCGAGUGCUUGUUCAAGUCCCGAGAGAAGGAAUAUCAGGAGACCAUUGGCCAGAUUGAGCUGGAGUUGGCGACAGCAAAGAGCGACAUGAACCGCCACCUGCACGAGUACAUGGAGAUGUGCUCCAUGAAGAGAGGCCUGGAUGUCCAGAUGGAGACCUGCAGGAGACUCAUCACGCAAAGCGGCGACAAUAACGCGGCGGCGCAGACGUCCUCCGACGACAGCGACCAGCGAGAGAGCGACAAAAGCUCGGCGUCUCCGCCGUCCUCGGCCGGCGCCGGGAAGUCCUGACACUUGGCCGCUCCGGUCAGGUGAUCUGCCAAACACUCGCGCGCCGUCACGUCACCGAAUCCCCCCCCCCGCCCCCCGCGCGGGCCCGACAAACAUUAUUGUCGUCACCACCGCAGUCCAAAUAUGUAUCUUCCUACGUCGCCGUCUUACAUCAGCUUGACAAAUGGACCGUUAACGUGAGCAUUUAGUAGCAGUCUCGUCGCCGUAAAAUGAUUUCGUGUUACGAUUCGCACCAAGCAUGCGGAUGACGUUCACUUUCCCGCUCAACGUUCCGAUGUCACGACUCGGCGUUCUCCUGCCUUACAGCCGCGGACUGGAAGCUUGUUUUAGUUCUGCGGAGAAACUUUUUAUCGGGCCGCAAAAGCCGCGUGAUGCCGUAUUUGGGGAAUGAAGUGUGCUUUCAGUGUCGGCCCACCGCCCCGCCCCUUUUCCGACCCACCCCGCCCCCUUUCCGCCCCGCCCCGCCCCUUUCCCCACCGACGUGCUUGAUGUAAAUAAAGUCCUCUUCUUUUUUGAGUUUGCGCAUAGAAAGGAACGAGCAAAGCAAUGAAAUGACGACGCCGUCAGCGCUAUCGCUUUGUAAAGCCGUAAACCAAGAAACGCUGUAAAUAGAAAACCAGAUUUGCUCUGAGAAGACCGAUCAGGAUUAUCGUGCUGCUGCUGCUGCUGCAUGACGUCAGAGCCGUCGCGUACUGGACGUCGAGUUUCCGUUAGCCGAUUUCGUGCGUCCGCUUGUGCCUGCCGCGCGGCGGCCUCGAGGCCGCACUGAGAAUCUUGCAACUCAAAAUACUUUGAAAAAGACGUGCGACCGAGGCAAAUAUUAAGGGAAGCGCGAGCGGGCUGGCAAAAGGGGCCGAUCGGUAUCGCCGUUGGUUGACGCUUGUGAAUUCUCUUCCCGCGCAAUAAAUUCUCAACAAUAACGGAACGUGCCAUUUUUGGAAGUAGCUGAGCUACUAGAACGUAGACGGACGGUGAGAAAGUUUGAAUUAGCAGCGAGGGCAAAAAAAGGCUAUUGGGUGUGAUGCCUUGAAACUUUUGUUGUUGUUGUCGUUGUUGUUUCUUUCACUUCCGUUUGAGUCAGUCGGGUACUUCUAAAAAGCUUGAAACAUGACAUUGGCGUCCUUGCACAAUUGUGAGAUGAUCUGUAUGUGAGAUUGAGAGAGGAAAGAAUAAACGACGCAUCUGA